GUGCGCGCAGGUGGGUGGUGUUCGCGCCGGGUCCCGGAUCCGCACCCCUCCCCACCGCUGCGGGACCUGGAGCCACGCCUGACCGAGGCGCUGCAGCGGCGCGGGUGGCCCAGCCUGCGGGAUGACAAAGCACGGGACGCCGCGCGGAACCGCGACCCUGCCCGCUCCACGCUGUGCUCCUCCCCGGGCCCAACCUGCCUCGGUGCCCCGGCGGGUUGAGAUGAACACGGAGGCGCUCCUUGGGUGACAGUGCCGGGCCUAUCGUCACACUUAGGGGCUGCAAAGCUGGGGUCCCCCAGAGCCGCAGCUGCAGCUCACACCCCGUGUGGUGGGAGGUUGGACUUCGUCCUUUACCUGGGUGUUCCCUGAAGGGUUUCACUUAGCAGAAGCUGGUCUUUAACCCCUGACCUUCCAGCCUGUACCUCCUUGGAGUUCUGGUGGUUGAUUACAGGUACAGCGCCGCAGAAAUUCCCAGCGUCCAGGGAGAAUGGUGAGGAUCUUGGCCAAUGGGGAGAUCGUUCAGGAUGAUGACCCCCGAGUGAGGACGACCACCCAGCACAGAAGUAGCAGCUCUCAGCAGGGCUUUUUCAACAGAGGCCACGGCACACCUCCAGGGGGCCCUGGACCCCGCCAGCAGCAGGCAGGUGCCCGACUGGGUGCUGCCCAAUCUCCUUUCAGUGACCUGAACCGGCAGCUGGUGAACAUGGGCUUCCCACAAUGGCACCUUGGGAACCACGUGGUGGAACCUGUGACCUCCAUCCUCCUGCUCUUCCUGCUUAUGAUGCUCGGGGUUCGUGGCCUUCUGCUUGUGGGCCUGGUCUACCUGGUGUCUCAUCUGAGUCAGCGGUGACCUCCGGGGGACUCAUGAGGGCGGGAGUGUUCAGUAGGAUCAACUGGACUGGGCUUCGUGCGACAUCAUGCACAGGGGGAGGGAGCUUGGGUGGGCUCAGAAGGUGUGAUGGGCAUGAGGCAGGCAUUGUAGAUUUUUCUCCCGCUGUAGGAGGCAGAGGGUCUCUCUGGGCCAGCAUUGCUGAAAAAGAGAGUCCUGUGGUUUCCUGGAAUGUUUUUAGGGGGCAUAGGGCUUCCGCUAAAAAGCACAAGCAAGAAUAAGAAAGGCUCAGUAUGUUGUGUUCUCCCAGAACAUAAAUCUCCCACCAGGCGCAAACCUGGAGCUGAGAGCAGCUGGGAACUGGCCAGAGUUUUAUAGCAUUCCUUCAUUUUAAUGGUGUCCUUUUUUUAUUGGCUGAUCUUAUGUAUGAGGAAGGACAUUGACAUUCUAUUUAUCAUGAUCUUUCCUUUUCUUUGGGUUUUCCAAGACAGAGGAGUCUCACUGUGUAGCCUUGGCUGGCCUGGAACUCACCAUGGAGACCAGGUUGGCCUCCAGCUCACAGAGAUCCUCCUGCGUCUUCCUCCCAAGUGUUGGGACCAAAGGUGUGUGAUACUGUGCCCAGCUAUUGUGAUAUUUUCAAUAAAUAAAUUGGAGUCCCUUUUAA